AUGCCACCUCCAGUCAUGCCACCUCCACCUAUGCAGUACAGGCCCCCUCCACUGAACAUGCCUCCACCUCCACAGGCAAUGUCCGGUCUUUCAAGGCCUCCACCAGCAAUGUUGAUGGGAGCACCACACGGCUGGCCACAAUAUGCAGCAGCAGCAGCACCGCAACAGCAAAUGGGUGGAAGGCCUCCUAUGCCACAAAGGUCAAUGGCACCCCUCCCCCACCUCCAUCUCGUCACUCCAAUGGAGCGAUCCGUCGCCAUGGCAGCCAGCUUAUCUGCCACUUUAUUGGCUUCACGAUAA